GCGACGCCCAACGUGUGGAGCGCAGGAGGAUGAGGGGUGAUCUUGUAGAGGUGUACAAAAUCAUGAGAGGAAUAGAUCGGGUAAAUGCACAGAGUCUCUUGCCCAGAGUAGGGGAAUCGAGGACCAGAGGGCACAGGCUCAAGGUGAAGGGGAAAAGAUUUAAUAGGAAUCCGAGGGGUAACUUUUUCACACAAAGGGUGGGGGGAGUAUGGAACAAGCUGCCAGAGGAGGUAGUUGAGGCUGGGACUAUCCCAUCGUUUAAGAAACAGUCAGACAGGUACAAGGAUAGGACAGGUUUGGAGGGAUAGGGACCAAGAGCAGGCAGGUGGGACUAGUAUAGCUGGGACAUUGUUGGCUGGUGUGGGCAAGUUGGGCCGAAAGGCCUGUUUCCAAAUUGUAUCACUCUAUGACUCUAGUCUAUCUAUCUCUGCCUUAAAAAAUAUCCAUUGAAGGUGUAAGGUGUGAAAAUGAGACAUCAACAUGGGAUGAUGAUCAAAAAAAAUGUAGAAUAGAUCAUAGGUGGACAAAAAUGCUGGAGAAACUCAGCGAGUGCAGCGGCAUCUAUGGAGCGAAGGAAAUAGGCAAUGUUUCGGGCCGAAACCCUUCAGCAUUGUUAGCUAAACGAGGCAUGCAGAGGUAAACUUUAAUCAGGGGGGCAGUUGGACUGGCCAGAGAACCAGGCGGAGGGAUGGAGAGGGAAAGAAAGUGUUACUUGAAGUUAGAGAAUCCAUAAAUCCGCUGGGGAAAAAAAACGACCAUUAAGGCAGCGUGGUUAAGGGCACGGUGCCGGAGCCCUUGGUUAUGCUCCAAAAUGUUGUUUGGAAAGUUUUGAAAUGGAAAUAAAUCGUUCUGGGUAGGUGCAGUAAAGGAAUGUGUAUGUACAGGAGAGGGACGAUGCUGUAUCGGGGGAGACCCGGACUGGAUUCAAUGAAGAAUCGCAACAUUAGCUUCCCCGCUUGGAAAUUGAGUUUCAAUCUGUUCGUGACCGCAUUCUUCGGAUUUAAGAACGAACAAAAAAAACAAGACUUAAAAGUUUCCGUGAACUGAAAUGAGUGAACUGACUGACGCCGUUAUUUGCUUCGUUCAGUAAUAGAAAUACAGGGGUUUUUUUCUCUCUCUCUACCAAAGAUAAGACACAAAAACGCUGGAGUAACUCAGCGGGACAGACAGACAGACAGCGUCUCCGGCGAGAGGGAACGGGUGACUUCUUUGUGUUAGGAGUGGGACCAUGAAGGGAGGAGACAGAGGGAGGGAGAUUUGUGGUCUGAGUUUUACUUCCAUGGAGUGUCGGGGGAGCUUGGAGUUUAGUGACAUCACGGAAAAGCCCUGUUCUGGUCAGAUCUGCUUAAUAUAAACCAGAAGAGAGAAGCAGAGAGAAUUGGAGCGAGAACGACGGCACAAUCACAGAGGAUUAGAUUUUAAAUCAACAACCCUAAACGCUGCAACUAGAAACAAACCAGAACGCCGGAGCUCACAGGAGGAGUAGGCGGAGGGGUGUCUGCGUGCGUGUGUGUGCGAACCUGGAUUGGGAAGCAUGACUCUGAACGACUCUAGACGGCGCAGUAGCCCAUCGUUGCGGACGGCGGCUGCCCAGCAGCGGUGGAGUGUCCCCGCGGACGGUCGGCAGCUGUGGAACAGGGGCAGCGCGCUGCACAUGGUGCGCUCCAAGUCGUGCAUGGAUCCCCGGCAGCCCUACAGGGGGAGCUGGUCCUCCGAGUCCUCCGACUCUGCCACUUCCACCGACUCCAACAGCAGCCUCUACCGAGUGGUGGUGAUCGGCGAAGAGGGGGUCGGAAAGUCCACCCUGACCAGUAUAUUCGCUGGACUGCAGAAUAACCUGGACAAUUGGGACAUGUCAGGGGAAGACAUCUAUGAACGAAUGAUUACAGUCGAUGGUGAGGGGACAACUCUUAUGGUAAUGGAUACAUGGGAAAACAAGGAUGAACAUAACUGGGUACAGGAUCACUGUCUGCAGAUAGGCGACGCCUAUCUUAUUGUCUACUCCAUCACGGACAGAGCAAGCUUUGAGAAAGCUUCCGAGCUUCGCAUUCAGCUCCGGAGAAUACGACAGGCCGAAGAUAUUCCGAUUAUAUUAGUCGGGAAUAAGUGUGACCUCGUGCGUUGUCGGGAGGUCUCCGUGGCAGAAGGGAGAUCUUGCGCUGUGGUCUUUGACUGCAAAUUCAUCGAGACCUCCGCCGCCGUGCAGCAUAACGUCCAGGAGCUGUUUGAAGGAAUUGUGCGACAGGUCCGGCUCAGGAGAGACACCAAAGAAGUGAUCGAGCAGAGAAUGGCCCAGUACAAAAGGAGAGAGAGCUUCCCCAGGAAAGCACGGCGAUUCCUGGACAGACUGGUCGCGAAAAACAACAAAAAGAUGGCUUAUAAAGUGCGGUCAAAAUCUUGCCAUGACCUUUCCGUGCUAUAAAAUGUAUCGGUUGCCACAGAUGAAGUGGCGGCUGUUCCAUUGCCAAGCUAUUAUUGUGACGGUUUGGGUUUAUCAAUCUACAUUAGAUUGCAUACUUGGAAUCAAUUGGACUUUCAGAUGUGUCUACUUUGACAGCACGACUACUGUGCUGGUGAAUUUCCCCCCCAUUGUCCGUCUAAGAAAGGUUUUCAAUAUGAUUUUUUGAUACAGAGGCCCACAGUGUGUCAACAGGCCCUUCAGCCCAACUUUCCCACGCCGACCAACAUGCCCUACACUAGUCACACCUGCCUGUGUUUGACUCAUAUCCCUCUAAUCCUACCCUAUCCAUGUACCUGUCUAAUUGUUUCUGAAACAUUUUGAUGGUACCGGCCUCAAUUUCACUUGUGCAGCUUACAACCCAGUGGUAUGAAUCUAGAUUAAUUUCUCUAACUUUAAGUAACCCCUAUCUCUCUUCUAUCUCUCUUCGUCCCUCCCCCACCCAAGUCGCACCAGCUUCUUGUUCCCACCUAGCAAACAGCUAAGAAAGCUAAUGGCAUGUUGGCCUUCAAAACAAGAGGAUUUGAGUACAGGAGUAAAGAGGUUCUUCUGCAGUUGCACAGGGCCCUGGUGAGACCACAUAUGGAGUAUUGUGUGCAGUUUUGGUCUCCUAAUUUGAGGAAGGACAUCCUUGCUAUUGAGGCUAUCCUUGCUAUUGAUGGUUCACGAGAUUGAUCCCUGGGAUGGCGGGACUGUCAUAUGAGGAAAGAUUGGAAAGACUGCGCUUGUAUUCACUGGAAUUUAGAAGGAUGAGAGGUUAUCUUAUAGAAACGUACAAAAUUAUAAAAGGACUGGACAGACUAGAUGCAGGAAAAAUGUUUCCAAUGUUGGGGGAGUCCAGAACCAGGCCCCACAGUCUAAGAAUAAAGGGGAGACCAUUUAAAACUGAGAUGAGAAAAAAACGUUUUCACCCAGAGAGUUGUGAAUUUAUGGAAUUCUCUGCCACAGAGGGCAGUGGAGGCCAAUUCACUGGAUGGAUUUAAAAGAGUUAGAUAGAGCUCUAAGGGCUGGUGGAAUCAAGCGAUAUGGGGAGAAGGCAGGCACGGGUUAUUGAUUGUGGAUGAUCAGCCAUGAUGAAUGGCGGUGCUGGCUAGAAGGGCCAAAUGGCCUCCUCCUGCACCUAUUUUAUAUGUUUCUAUGUUUCUAACAAAGGCCUGUUUCCUUUAUCAUCGUAACUUUUUUGCAUAUCUUUCAUUCAUUUGUUCUAUAUCUGUCUACAUCAUUGUCUAUAUCUCUCAUUUCCCGCUCCCCUGACUCCAGUCUGAAGAAGGGUCUCGACCCAAAACGUCACCCGUCCCUUCUCUCCAGAGAUGCUGCCUGACCCGCUGGGUUACUCCAGCAUUUUGUAUCUAUCUUCAGCUAACUCCUCCAGCAGCUUGUUCCAUACACCCACCACCCUUUGUGUAAAGAAUUACCCCUCAGGUUCCCAUUAAAUCUUUCCCCUGUUACCUUAAACUUCUGUCUUUCUCGGUUCCCUUACUCUGGGCAAGAGACACUGUGUGUUUACCCAAUCUAUUCCUCUCAUGAUUUUGUACACCUCCUCUCUGCUCCCUUUCCAACUUAAUGGCAUAGUCCCUAUAGCAGUAUGACUAGAACUGAACACAAUACUCCAAGUGCGGCCUCAGUAAUGUCCAGUACAAUUAAAGUAGUGACUUUGUAUUCCAUUCAAUAUUAUCGAAGGAUUAAGGUGGACAAACCAGCAUAUUUCUAACUUAUCUUUUUCAAAUAACUCACUGUUGACCAUCAUGUAUUUUUGUACAUAUUUUUCCAGAAAUGAUUUAUGAAAAAUGUUACCAAGUCUUUUUUAAUAUUGUUAAUAUUAAUGUUGAUAAAACGUUGUAU